UCGGGUUGCCGUAGACGGAAAGAUGGCGACCGUGGCGCUGGUUAGCCGUCCUGCGAGUGUCCUUCCAAAGGUUUCAAGUAGCUGCUCCCCUGCGGUGCUAUCAGCUGCCUCUGUCACCGCAGUCCAGCAGAGGAAGCUGCACCAUGCUAUCAUCCCCAAAGGGAAAGGAGGACGCUCCUCAUUCAGUGGAUUUUCUGCCACUGUGUUUGGUGCCACCGGCUUCCUGGGACGAUAUGUGGUCAACAGGCUCGGUCGGAUGGGCUCGCAGGUAAUAGUCCCUCACCGCUGUGAUCGCUAUGACCUCAUGUACAUGAGACCCAUGGGGGAUCUCGGGCAAAUCAUUUUUAUGGAGUGGGAUGCGAGGGACAAAGACUCCAUCAAACAGGCUAUGGCGAGCUCUAACGUCGUCAUCAACCUGGUGGGCAGAGAGUGGGAGACGAGGAACUACCGCUUCGAGGACGUCUUCGUGUCCAUCCCUCAGCAGAUUGCUAAGGCAGCCAGAGAAGCUGGCAUCACGAAGCUCAUCCACAUGUCGCACCUCAACGCUGACAUACGCAGCCCAUCCAAAUACCUGAGGAACAAGGCUGUAGGCGAGACAGCAGUGAGAGAUGAGUUUCCUGACGCCAUCAUCCUGAAACCGUCUGAGAUGUUCGGGAGGGAGGACCGAUUCUUCAACCACUACGCAAACAUGCGCUCGUUCGGCAGGGCUAUUCCUCUGAUCUCCAUGGGGAAGAAGACGGUGAAGCAGCCUGUGCACGUGGUGGAUGUGGCGAAGGCAAUCAUCAAUGUUGUCAAAGACCCCGAUGCUAACGGAAAGACGUACGCACUCGUUGGUCCCCACCGUUAUCUCCUUCAUGACCUGGUGGAUUACAUCUACUCCGUGACACACAGACGCUUCAUACCCUACCCCUUGCCCCGCCCAAUCUACCACCUCAUUGCCAAGUUUUUCGCAAUGAACCCAUUUGAGCCCUGGACAACCCCAGACAAAGUGGACAGGUUCCACACAACAGACAUGAAGUUCCCAGGACUUCCCGGUCUGGAGGAUCUCGGCAUCACUGCUUCCUCUAUAGAAGAAAAGGCAAUUGAGAUUCUGCGCCGCCACCGCCGGUACCGCAACCUGGACGCCGACCUGGAUAUGACAAAGCCAGCUAAGACCGUCAACUAUUAAAGCACCUAGUGAGAAAUCUCCUUCAAAUGCUUUGUCAUGAAUUAUAUUGUGUACAUAAAUAAAGAAUUCUCCUCUUAAAGUG